CCUCUCCUUGUGACGGCAUCAAAGGAGACGGAGCAGCAGCAAUAGAGAACGAAAACGCUUACACAAGAAAAAUGAGUAGAGAAGGAGAAGAAGACGACGACAUAGUUUGCUUGGACGCAUCGUUCUUUGUAAAUGACAAUUAUCAGCUGACCACAUUUAAGUUCGGGUCUCAUGUUCUUGAGCUACUCUGCCUCCAUUCCGCUUCAACUGAUUUUGAUUUGACAGGACAAUUGGUGUGGCCUGGUGCUAUGAUUUUGAAUGAUUAUCUUUCAAAAAAUUCUGAGAUGCUCCAAGGAUUUUCUGCUAUUGAGUUAGGAUCUGGUGUUGGUGUUACUGGGAUACUCUGCAGCAAAUUUUGCCGAGAGGUUCUUAUGACUGACCAUAAUAACGAAGUGCUCAAGAUUCUAAAGAAAAAUAUUGAGCUCCAUGCAGAUUGUCAUGCUGAAUUGGCUGCUGAGAAACUAGAAUGGGGGAAUUCUGAUCAAGUAAACGAAAUUCUUCAAAGAUAUUCUGGAGGAUUUGAUCUGAUACUUGGUGCCGACAUUUGCUUUCAGCAAUCUAGCGUCCCUUUGCUUUUUGAUACGGUGGAACAACUCCUUCGUAUUCGUGGAACACAAUGCAAAUUUAUACUUGCCUAUGUGUCCCGAGCUAAGAGGAUGGAUUCAAUUGUCGUCAAUGAAGCUGUUCAACAUGGUCUGCUGAUAAAUGAAGUGACUGGGACUCGAUCAAUUGUCGGAAAUCUUGAAGGAUUCAUUUUUGAAGUGACUCUUAAAUAGAAGCAUCAGAUAUGCUUUGGUUCAAAACUUUUGUGGUUAAGCGCAAUGGAACCUUGUGCAGUAGGGGACACCAAAAAUCCAACACAUGGGGAUAGAAGCUGUUCUUGAACCAGAGGCAACAGGUGCUAAAUCAACGGUUUUUGCUGCUGUUAGACCAAGGAUCAAGUUUUGCAUCGCAUUAUCUUCUUUAAGCUUGUAAUGGGGUUUCUUUGAGAACUUUCCUGAAGACUUCCUUUGGGUAGAGAAUGUCAAUUACAUAGCUCCUGUGAAUCUUUCCUGAAUAUACAGAAUUUGGACGAAGUUAAAUUUUUUAGCAUGGUUUGGGUACAUUUGGAAAUCGCAAUUUUUAGAAAGAACCUCCAGAUUCUUUCUCGGAA